AAUAACACACUACUAGCAGCAGCCUUUCCUCAGCAACAGCGACAAGAUGGUGCUGGAAAGUACAAUGGUUUGUUUCGACAACAGUGAUUACCAGCGAAACGGUGAUUACUUCCCCACCCGACUGAAUGCGCAGAAGGAUGGCGUGAAUCUGGUGUGCCUGUCGAAGGUACGGUCGAACCCGGAGAAUAAUGUCGGUCUGAUGACGCUCUCCAACACAACGGAAGUGCUGGCCACGCUAACGAGUGACGUUGGCCGUAUCCUAUCCAAGUUGCAUUUGGUUAAUCCUAACGGAAACAUCAACCUAAUGACCGGGCUCCGUAUCGCACAUCUGGUCCUAAAGCAUCGUCAGGGCAAGAAUCACAAGAUGCGUAUCGUGGUGUUUGUCGGCUCGCCGGUAGAACAUGACGAAGGCGAACUGGUGAAGCUGGCCAAAAAGCUCAAGAAGGAGAAGGUUAACGUGGACAUUGUUAGUUUCGGCGAUCAUCAGAAGAACAACGACACGUUCACCUCGUUUAUCAACGUGCUAAAUGGAAAGGAUGGUACCGGGUCACAUUUGGUGUGUGUUCCACGUGGUUCCGUGUUCUCGGAAGCACUGAUUUCGUCGCCUAUCAUACAGGGCGAGGAUGGCAGUGGUGGUGCCGGACUGGGUGGAGCCGGAUUCGAGUUUGGCGUCGAUCCGAAUGAAGAUCCUGAGCUGGCCCUUGCGCUGCGUGUUUCGAUGGAAGAACAGCGAUUGCGCCAGGAAGAGGAACAACGCCGGGCUACGGCCAACAGCGCAGCGGAUGGUACGGCAACUUCCGGUGGUGAUAAGGAAGCAGCUGGUGCAGCGGCUGGUACGGCUGGUGCAUCUUCAAGUGCUCCACGUGCUGCCGGUUCAGAACCUCACGCAGAGGAAGCAAUGUUGGAGCGUGCACUGGCACUUUCGACGGGCGAAAUUAUGCCGACGGACGAUUCGAUGCCAGACUUUGCUAACAUGACGGAGGAGGAGCAAAUUGCAUUCGCCAUGCAGAUGUCGAUGCAGGACGCUCAAGAACCUAUCUCGCAACCGGCCAAGCGGCAGAAGCAAGAGAAGGACACACCGAUGGAGGUUGAUGUGGAUGAUAACGAGAUUGUGGGGGUGUCGCCCGAAUACUUGAUGAGUGUGCUGGAGAACCUGCCGGGCGUUGAUCCACAGUCGGAAGCGGUACGUAAUGCGGUCGGUUCGCUGAACAAGGAUAGCAGCAGCAAGAAGUCACAGUCGGACAGUAAGGAUAGUAAGGAUGAUGAGAGCAAAAAGUAGGCUGCCCAGCCGCGACGCCC